CCAUGUCAGAGCUGGAGGACUUCCCCCCGGUGGCCCAGGAGGAGCCCCAGGUGGUGCCACCCAUGGCCGACCCGGCCCGCAUCCAGCGCGACCUGCUGGACGAGCAGGUGGAGCUGUGGUGGUUCCGUGAGCCGCGCAAGUCUCUGCUGUGCUACAGCGUGGCCGUGCUGCUGAUCCUGGGCUGCGGCCUGGGUGGCGUGGGCCUGCUCUCCACCACCACCAGCGUGUCCAGCGAGUGGCGGCUGGGCGUGGGCACGGCCCUCUGCCUGCUGGCCCUGGCCGUGCUGCUGAAGCAGCUGCUCAGUUCGGCCGUGCAGGACAUGAACUGCGUACGCAGCCGGCGCCGCAUCGAGAUGCUGAAGAGCGGAGGGCUGGCGGACCUGCUGGCGGUGGCGCUGACAGGCGUGGUGCUGCUCAUCUGUGGCGCCGUGCUGCUGGACCUGGCGCUGGCCAACCACAUGCCCAAGCCGGGCCAGGCCCUCAACGACAUGUACAUCUCCGGGGUGGUGCUGCUGGCCGGCGGAGGGCUCACCGUGCUCCUCACGGCCGUCUACGCGCUGGCCACGUUCGUCAUCGAGCAGACGGGCCCCGGCCAGAGACUGCGGGAGAGGGCGGCGGGCGUGUUCACCAUUUCGGGACAGAUGCGGGACGCCCGGAGAGAGACCACGUCUAGCUUGGCACAGCUCAUAUGACUGCUGUGUGGUGUGGUCAGGUGCCACUGACAUAUUUUGCCGGGUCCAGGACAAAAACAUCUAAAAGCCCCCCCUCAGUCCAUGCAAUGUAAUGGGUUUCCAAUUCUGGGCCCGACCCCCCUCUCCCUGGGGCCCGGUACAACUGACCCAUGUGUCAAAGGGCCUGGAUGUGCUGGUCUGAGCUGGGACUGGGGACAGGAGAACUGCUGAUGUGCGUAUAAAAAAGGGCUUUUUGAGGAUGCGCUGUCCAUCACCUAGUUGGCUUUGUGCCUCGAUAUGGUGGUCCGAGCCAGCGAAACAAAAUGAGCACAUGACCCCACUGCAACUGAGGAUAUGCAUCUGCUUCACUCAGUCGCAUUUGUGGCAAAAUGUUUUUACGAUAAACCGAUUUCCCAACAAUGAUUCGCCGUGUGAUUGCCACACACACACACUCACAAACAAACGGAUCUGUGGAGAGAAGUGGCUCCUCUCUGCAGGUAGUCAGUCCAUCAGAACAGAAAAAGGGAAGAAAAAAAAUGAUCUGGGGACGGAUAUGGACCUUGGACCUGUGCUGUAAAAAGGCAUGGCACUCUUUCAAUUCACACCGCCCCGGCCUUUUGCGAACACCCUGGGCUUGCAAUUAAUUUCGACACGUCUGUCCUUCACACUUCUAUUUCAGUGACUCGGGUAGGGGAGCGCGUGCCAAGAAGCAGAGACGUCCAUCUGGACUGGAGGUGUGUGUGUGUGUGCGUGUGUGCGUGCGUGUGUGUGUGCGUGGUCGCUGUCUUGGUGGGAAGCCGGCAGCAAGAGCAUCAGCAGCGCGAGCAGAACAUGACUAGGCAACUCCCCGAUAACAAACACUGACUUGACUUGCAUGGUUGUGAAUUCAUACCUCUUCACCUCGCUUGGAUACAAUUUGUUUUUUUGAUUUGCACAGUAUGAGAGAAAUUUUGAGAAGAAUGGAGGGGAAAAAAUCUAAUUAUCACCAAACCAAGUGAAGCUUUUAUGGUAACACUUCACAUUACGGAUCACUAUUAAGGUAGUAAAUGAAUGAAUAUGAAUAAAUAUGUCUUAUUUAGUAAUUGCAAUGUAAUAAUAAUUUAUAACACUAUAUUACAAGUAAUUAUCAUGCCGCUUUCAGAACAUUUGUUGGCUUCAUGGAUUUGACAGACAUACUGUACAUACUGGUGUGUCUGUCUGUCUGUCUGUCUGUCUGUCUACAUGAGGCUAAGUAAUUCUCAAGAAACAUGGUAAUUACUUGAAAUAUUAUGUUUUUUAAAUGGUUAUUACAUUCAAAUUUAACUACCGGUAUUAGGGAUCCGCAAUGUGAAGUGUAACCACUUUUAUGAUAGCGGCCUAUUCCGAUUGUGCCACUCAUAUGUGGUAUCAUGUUAUGGCAUUUAAUUACUGUAAGCAAGUGCUUUUUAGUAUUAAUGCUGUGUUAUGAAGGUGAUCUUUUCAACCUUUGAAGAAUCCUUGUCUGAUUUCUGCUGUUGACUCGACUGUUCACACAAACAGUCCUAAAUAAAGAAUGUACAUCA